AUAGCAGGAAAUACACCCUCAGACGGAGUCAGAACUAAACGAUUUAAAGAAUGGACGGAAUUGAUGGGAUGAUGGACGAUAUUGCUGAAUUGAAGCAUGACAUUGAUAAGAAACUAGGAAAGGAGGAAGCCAAUCUCACCUUGCUUCGUCAAUGUUUGACCAAGUAUGACAGUAACACAACAGGUAUGAUUAACAUUUUAAACAGCUUUGAAGAGCGGUUGAAGAAUUUGGAAAAGACAAUAAUUCCUGUUUACAAUGAAACUGAAAACUUGCGUCGCAGACAAGAAAAUAUUGAAAAGACAAUGCACACCUUGGACAAUGUUUUAAGUUUUUAUCAUACAGCUAAAGAUGUGGAGCAAACAAUCAAAGAAGGGCCUGCCGCAAGUGAUCUGGAAACAUAUUUGUCUUAUUUGGAGAAAGUUCUGAGAGCCAAAAAAUAUUUUGAGCUGUUUAGUCCAAACAGCAAGGAGUUGAAAGAAAUAGAAAGAAUAUUUGAAGAGGGUAAAGACGCCCUCCACCAUGAGUUUGGGUCUUUGUUGAACAGGCAUGGGCGGCCUGUACCAGCCAUUCUAAUAUUAGAUCUACUCAAUACUGAUGAAGAGCUACCUCCCAUAGGAACAGACACUGAUUUAGCUUUACAGCAACUUUCUGAGAAGGUCACUGAAGAUCUCAUCCUGAUUUCAAAAUGGCUGACAGAACAUGGGAAAAGCUCAGAUUUCAUUCGUACUUAUACACGGGCCAGAUCAACAAUGUUGAGCAGAUCACUUGCAGGGCUGAAAGAACAUCUAAAGUCAUCCAGUGGGGGCUCAUUCAAUGUGAACCAGCAUGCCUUCAGUGUACAGAACUCUCCAGCUGGGGGAGGAAAGUUUCGUGGCACAAAAGAAGCCCCACCUAGAAAAAGCAUGAACAAACUAGCGAAAAUCACAAAGAAAGCUUCAUCAUUGCUGCAACUUGAGCCAGGUCACAGACGUCAAGGUUCAUAUCCUGAUCCUGUAAAGGAAGAGUCACCUGACCUGGAAACAGAUUUGUACAUUAAUGAGCUCAGUGCUCUGCUCAGGCUGAUGCAGAGUGAGGCCCAUUUGAUGAAGGGAAUUAUACCAGAGAAACACCAACGUACAGCUUUCGACAACAUUAUUCAAGCUGCUCUGGAAUCACUAGUCAAUGAAGGAGAGCUGCUAGCAACGGCAGCUCGCAAGAAUGCUGCCAGACACGACUUUGCUGCAGUCCUUUCCAUCUUCCCUAUAGUCCAACACCUGCGUGCUGUUAAACCAGAGUUUGAUCUAAUCCUAGAGGGUUGUCAGGCACCAACAAGAGCAAAGUUGACCUCACUCUUGUCUACAUUAGAUAAUACUGGGGCCAAAGCUUUGGAAGAAUUCACAGAUAGUAUAAGGAAUGACAAAUCAGCCAACAUGCCUAGAGAUGGAACUGUUCAUCAGUUAGCCAAUCAGACGAUCAUAUUUUUGGAGCAGCUGCAAGAAUAUGCAGAAACAGCCGGAGCUAUGCUUCUUAUGCAUGGUGAGAAGGCAACAACUGCAGCCAUAGUGACCAGUGAACACUGUAGGAACAAGGUGGCGGACUACAUGACCAGAGUUUUAUCAGCACUGGGCCUGAACUUGAGCAACAAGGCUGAAACGUACAGCGACCCAGCACUUAGACCAGUCUUCAUGUUGAACAACUUCAACUACAUCUUGAAAUCUUUAACAAGGUCAGGACUAAUUGAGCUAUUGAAAGCAUGGAACAAAGAGAUAGCUGUCUUUUAUAACAAUCAGAUAAUUGAGCAGAAAAAAGAUUACUCACAAAGUUGGAGCAAAGUUCUUCACUACAUUCUAGAAAUGGACAAGCCAUUUUCCCAGCAGAGGGCCCAGGAACAUGUGAAAUUAAAGGACAAGGAGAGGCAGAAUAUCAAAGACAAAUUUACAGGCUUUAACAAAGAGCUGGAUGAAAUCUACAAGGUCCAGAAAACUUACGCCAUGCCAGACAGUGAGCUGAGGACAGCACUUAUCAAUGAGAACAAGGAGUACAUGGUGCCCAGGUACACCCUGUUCUACAACAAAUACUGCCAGCUCAACUUUACCAAGAAUAGGAACAAGUACAUCAAGUAUCAACCCUCUGAUGUAGCUGCGCUGUUAGAAAAGUUUUUUGAUGCCUCCGCUUAAAGUUUACCUAUCGGCCAGUUGGUGUAGCACUUCUUUAGGAUGCCUCUGCUAAAGCUACAAUGGACUUAAUUUCUCAUGUGAUACAAACACUAUUUAACCUAUUGUUGAAAUGAUAACAGGAUUAAAUUAUUCAAUUGAAAAAACAAAGCAAAUCAAUUUAGUACAACUUGAUGUCUAGUUUGAUUUCUAUGUUGGCUGCAAAGUUUAGUUGUGCUUGACAUCUGAACAAAGGUUAAUUAUUGCCAUGCAUUCCUCUGUAAUAACAUUUUAUGUAUUUUCUUCUGUUGAUUUUACUUUAUUUUUCUUCUAUUUAACCCAACCAAAAAGUACCAUGUUUAGUUUACUUGUCGCAUUAUAUACAUUUCACAAUGUGCAAUAAUAAAGAAUGACAGUUGUCAGUUCCGUC